ACGCUUACGGCAUCCAGCCAGCACGCAUCCACCGGAGCUUUUGCACAGGCGAGCACGAGCAACUCAGCAACUUGACAAGCCAAGACGCUUACGGGUUCAUUGUACCUUUCCCGAUAAUUUUACAAUUUUUAUAGUGUCCGGCGCGGCAUCUUCUGUUUGGUGUUUGUUCGAAAGUCAAUUCGGCGGAUGAUAUACGACUGCGAACUGACCACGAGGAGCAAGGUCAGCAGGAGCCACAGCCCACAGGGGCUGGAACAGCGGCGGCCAGGGAUCGUGCGCUCGAUCUCCCUCUCCCCCGGAUUUGCUUGAGGUUUGCACUCUUCUUAAUUUUUCUGCACCGGAGCCACUGGAUGUGAGUGAUGGGGUGCAUACCAACAAAGCAUGCUGGUCAGUCGCCGGAUUCACUGGAUAGACGGGAAGCUGUAGCCCUUGCUGCUGAAACAUCUUGUGAGAAAGUGAAUCUUCCAGAUUUUGUUAAUAUUGCUUCUGGAACACCGUUUACAGUAAGUGAAGUUGAGGCACUACAUGACCUCUUCAGGAAAAUAAGUAAUACAGUUGUCAAAGAUAAUCUAAUUCACAAGGAAGAAUUCCAUGUCGCUCUCUUUAGGAACAAGAAGAAGCAAAAUCUUUUUGUUGAUAGGUUAUUUGACUUGUUUGAUCAAAAAGGAAAUGGUGUAAUUGAAUUUGGUGAAUUUGUUCGAUCUCUUAGUGUGUUUCAUCCAGGUGCACCUGAAGAACAAAAAGCUGCAUUUGCAUUUAAGUUGUAUGACUUAAGGCAGACAGGCUUUAUUGAACGGAAUGAGUUAAAGGAGAUGGUGUGUGCUCUGCUGGACGAAUCAGAAUUGGAUAUUACAAGUGAUGCUGUCGAGAUGAUUGUUGAUAGGACAUUUGACCAGGCUGACACAAAAGGUGAUGGGAGGAUCGAUCAAGAAGAAUGGACAGCAUUUGCUAAAGAUAAUCCAUAUGUUCUAAGGAAUAUGACCCUUCCAUACCUUAAGGACAUCACCAUGGUAUUCCCAAGCUUUGUGGUUCACUCAGAAAUCAGUGAGGCAGACAUGGCUGCCAAACCUGAAAUGUAACUGCAAGCUUGCAACACAUCUCUGUACAUCCUGAUCUAAAUAUUAGUGAAAGGGCAUGCUGAAAGCUUUUUCCUCAAGAAAAGGUUUGCAACACGUCGUUCAAACACCCGUUGUGCGUAGUAUUGUGGACUACGUGUAAAUGGUGGAAGUAGGAAACGAGUUUUGUUGUAUUACCAACAAGCAAAGGAGCAAUGUAGCAUCCAACUCCAGCAUCACUGACCAAAUGUUUAGACAUGUAUAUAAGUGUAUAAUCACACAGCAAUUUGUCCAUUGUUGGCUGAUCUUUUUAUUAUUUCAGCUUUUAUGUUGGAGAAUGCUUAGGCGAGGAAGUUGUAGCCUCGUAGAUCAAGUGCAGCAGUUUCGAUUCAAAGGUCAUUCAAAGAAAAAAGAUGUACAAUAACAUCGAGAAUAAGUUAAUCAUUCAAGGUCAUUCAAGUGAAUGCAAUUUGCGA